UCGAGGCAUUACUGUCACUGCUGCCACCGCUGUCACAGCUGCCCCUUCCAAGCUGGCACCAUGGGCUCUGCUUCAUUCUUGACAAGGGCCCGGCGUCUGCUCCGAAUUCGGAACCAGCUGAUACGGGAAUGCCUGGCUGAGCUGCUCUCCACUUUCGUCCUCAUUACAAUCACCCUGGCUGGCGCUGCACAGAAGAUCACCAGCGAAGAGACAAAGGGGGACCUCCUCACCGCCUACUUGGCAGGUGCCCUGGCUGUCAUGGUGGGCAUCUACAUAGCAGGAGGAAUCUCUGGGGCCCACAUGAACCCGGCGUUCACAAUCGCCAUGUGCCUGACGGAGCAGUUCCCCUGGUGGAAGUUUCCCAUCUUCAUGCUCGUGGAGACCUUGGCAUCUUUCCUAUCUGCCGGAGUUGUCUACAUCCUCUACUACGAUGCCAUCUGGCACUACAGCAAUGGCACCCUUACCGUGUCCGGCCCCCGGGAAACCGCCUCCAUCUUCGCCACCUACCCAGCUGACUACGUGUCUAUCACCAACGGCUUCGUGGACCAGGUGGGUGCCACU